AUGGCGGCUACAGUAACCUUCACGAUCUCUGAAGAGGGCGUGGUGCCACUCCAAACCAAAGAUAUCGCGACUCGGCUAUUGAACGGCACGCUUCACUCCCAGUGGCCUACGUUUGAACAGUUCGCGACCAUCGACGGCCUUUUAAAAUCUCAUGCUGCUCAGCCAGAUGAGGCACAACGGCCUCUGAUAUGCUAUCCGAUUCAUGGAGCGGCUGAUUUCGAGAAGCAUACAGCCGGGGACAUCGAUCGGUAUGCCGAUGUCGCCGUUCGCCUUUAUGUGGAGCAGGGACUUGUACCUGCGGACCCAUUUCUAAAGCAGGCCCCUGUUGUUGCUCUGCUAGCUGGAUCUAGCUUCGAGGUCGUGGUGACUUUCUUCGCGCUGAAUCGCCUUGGAUAUGCGGUGCUUUUCUUGUCUACACGUCUCACGGCUCCAGCUUAUACCCGACUGAUGGAUAUGGCAGAUUGCAGUCGAUUAAUCAACGCCAGACAGUUUCAGCAAGUUGUAGCUGAAAUUUCUACCGGUAUUCCUGGUUGCAGGAGCUUCUCUCUACUACAAAGAGAGGACUGGUUCAACCGUCCUGUUGAUACACCUCGCUUUGAGCGCCCUGGUGCGGACCCAUCACAGGAAGGCAAGAAAAUUGCCUGGAUUCUACAUUCUUCUGGGAGUACUGGUUUCCCGAAGCCAAUUUUCCUUACCAACCUUCAAACAUUAGCCAAUUUUCGAAAGAGCUUCGGCCUGCGUCUCUUCACUAUCAGUCCACUCUUUCAUUCCCAUGCUCUGAUGGAGCUUGGACGGGCAUUUUUCACAAGAGCACCAGCAUACCUGGGAAACCAUUCUCUUCCGGUCACAUACCAAAAUCUCGUCGAUGCCCUGCAAGUGGCCAAGCCGCAGCAAAUAAGUGCCGUUCCAUACGUGAUCAAACUAUUAGCAGAGAAGCAAGAAGGCAUUCAAGCACUGGCUCGCCCACAGCUUGUGCUGUACGGAGGAUCCAGCUGCCCAGACGAUCUUGGCGACCGUAUGGUGGCACAGGGCGUGAAUCUGGUUGGCAACUAUGGAGCGACGGAGACAGGACAAAUCAUGACUUCUUUCCGAGCACCGGAAGAUAAGGAGUGGCAGUAUAUGCGACUGCACCGUCCUGUUGCCGAGCUCACUCUGAUGGAUGAGAUCUCGCCCGGGGUCUUUGAAUGCGUUGCGUUGGAUGGCCUGCCGAGCAAGGGGCCCUCGAACUCAAAGCCACCGUUUAACGCAAAGAACCCGGAGAACUCUUUCAGAACUGCUGAUCUGUUUACCAGACAUCCGGAUCCAGAUAAGGGAAAUUAUUAUAAGUAUUUGAGUCGGUUGGAUGAUCGAAUUACGCUGGUCAACGGUGAAAAAGUGCUUCCUAUUCCUAUUGAAGGCUGCGUUAGAGAAGAGUCUAUCGUGAGUGACUGCGUUGUGUUCGGCUUCCAGCGGACCGUGCCUGGCGCUUUGAUUUUCCGUGCUCCUGGCAAGGUGCCUCACUUGAGCAACGAUGAAUUUUUGGAAGCUAUCUGGCCAGCUGUUGAAACGGCAAAUUCUCGCGCUGAGACGUUCUCCCGAAUCCCGAAAGAGCUCAUCGUGAUCAAGGGCUCUGAUGUUGCUUAUCCCAGAACUGACAAAGGAACUUGUAUCCGCGCUCAGGUUUAUCAGCAAUUCGAGGAGGAUAUCAAGCAAGUAUAUGCCAAGUUCGAAGGCAGUGGCCAGAAGAGAGGUUCCCUCGCGCUUAGUAUUCCAGAACUGGAGAAUUGGCUCCUUUCAAGAUUCAAAGACUUAGAUCUACACAUACCCAGUGCUAAGGCCGACAUUUUCUCUGCUGGAGUCGACAGCUUGCAGACUACACAAAUUUGGAGGUAUAUCAUGCGCGAUAUUGAUAUCGGCGACCAAGGAGGCCAGCUAUCCCAGAAUAUUGUGUUCGAGAAAGGCACUGUCAACGCACUUGCAAAGCACCUCUAUCAGCUGCGAACUGGUGAAGAACUCGAGAAGGAAGAUGAGCUUGAAUCCAUGCAUGAAAUGAUCGAAAAGUACUCUCACUUCACUCAACAUUUCCCAACAAUUAUCCGAAACCCAGAAACAGAGGCUGUAAUGGUCACCGGCGCAACAGGCAACUUGGGAGCAUUUAUUGUCUUGGAGUUACUAAAGCGACCGACAGUCUCCGAGGUUUGGGCAAUCGUGCGCGCACCAGGGCAAGCAGCGGCGGGAUCUCGUCUCUACAAAUCACUAGCUGAUCGCAACAUCACUCUCACGGAUGCUGAGGCUGCAAAGCUUCACGCCAUUCCUGGUGAUAUGUCAAAGUCCAAUCUCGGCCUCAAGGACCACGAUCUGCAACACCUACUAUCAUCCUUGACUUGCGUCAUCCACAGUGCCUGGGCCGUGAACUUCAAUCUAGGCGUACAGUCCUUCGAGCAGCAGCACAUCCGUGGAACAUACAACCUCAUCAACCUCUGUCUGCGCUCCAACCUACCCUCUCCUGCACGUUUCUUCUUCUGCUCUAGUGUCAGCGCUGCAAGCAACACGCCCAAACCCGCAUCGAUUCCCGAGACCAUAAUUGAGAACUUGGAGCACGCACAGAAAAUGGGAUAUGGCAGGUCGAAGUUGGUAACAGAACACAUCACCCGCAAUGCCAUGCGCCAGACGGGCAUGCAAGCCCGAGUUCUGAGAAUCGGCCAGCUUGGUGGUGAUACGGUCAGCGCACAAUGGAAUGAGACUGAAGCUGUUGCACUCAUGUUCCGAAGUGCGUUGACGACGGGUGCAUUGCCGGAACUCAAUGAGCGGCUGAGUUGGUUGCCUGUUGAUCAGUGUGGUCGGGCUAUUUCAGAUAUUGCCAUGACUGCCGUUAGGCCUUUCAAUGAAAAUUUGGUGUACCAUUUGGUUAAUCCUCGAACCUUUAGCUGGAAGGAUGAUUUGCUUCCUGCUUUGAGGCAGGGAUCGGGAUUGCUGAAGUUUGAGGUUGUGUCUCCGCAGGAGUGGCUUCGGAGACUGGCGAGUAGUGAGCAGGAUCCGGAGAAAAAUCCUAGUGUUAAACUCAUUGAUUUCUGGAGGUCUAAAUAUGCAAGUCAUGGCCAAUCGGAGGUGGAAGGUUCUGCUGCAGGAACAGAUUCGGACAAUGAGGUCGGUCUUACUUUUGAAACUGGGCAUACAAUCCGAGACUGCCCUUUUUUGGCUUUUGUGGAGGACCCCGUUGCUACUGGUCUAAUGCAAAGAUACUGGGAUGACAAUGGCAACAUAAACAAGGGGAAUCAACGUUAA